GAGACAGAUGUUUGUAUGUAUGGAUGUAUAUAUGUAUGUAUAUGAAUUUUAUCAAAUAAGAUAUUCCUUUAAUGGAAAUAUCCAUAUGACUAAUAAUAAUUUUAAUAAUAACGCUUAAUAUCUAACGGACGUUUAUUCGAACUGACCGUUGCUUAAUUAAAACUUUAUCACUAAUCUGAUAUUUACCAAUACACGCACAUACACAUACACACGUCAAAUAUAUUUUUAAUCGUCGAAUAGAUAAAAAUUAGUUAAAAUUUUGCGUAUAAAAGCCAAGUGGAACUCCAAAGAGGAGCUAUUACGAAAUUUUAACGGCAAUAGAAGAAGUUUUGAAAACGUUUUCAAAUCCAAUAUUAAUCAAAAUGAAAGUUUUCCAAAUAUUACUCUGUUUGAUGUUGGCGCUGUUAUUGGUAGCCCCAACCUUUUGUGCCGUCAGCAUUCCAACUGUGCCAACCGCCGCCCCAACACCUGGAACAGUAUCUGGCGAUCCUGCUACCGAUAGCACCGAUGAUGGUCCACCAUCUGUGGCUGUAACUGAGGCACCUGCACCAACCUCUACUGUUGGAAGUUUAUAUGGCACAACAGCUGCCAAAAGCUCUUAAUUUUUGUUUAGAUAUGCACAUGUAUGUGCAUAAAUA